AUGGCGUCCAGCCGGGUGCUGGAGAGGGAGGUCCAGGAGGAGCCGAGGCGCGCUGCGACCGCAAACCUCGACUUCUGCCUCCACAAAUACUCCCUGCUCAUCAUUAUCGGACGGACGGCUCGCCUCAGACAGACGGACCACAUCAGCAGGGACAUUGAACGAGGUAUUCGGUCAUGGGACGUGGACUUAAAAUCCUGUAACCUGAACCUGUACCUACAAGAGUUCCUCUCCCACCACACGGCGUCCUUUAAAGGGCAGAAGUGUCUGCGCCACUGUACCAGAGUGUUGGACACUCAGGUGCUGAUCAGUCCGUCUCAGGAACAGGUUCAUUCAGAGGUGUUCGCUCUGCUGUCCAGGGAAUCGGCUCACAAGCUGUUGAUCUUGGCGGGUCUGAGUGAAGAAGAAAGUGGAGACCUGCUCUUUCACAAAGGACUGUUUUCACCACACCAGCUCAAACAAAUCAUUACAGAGCAGUUUCUAGAUCAAGAAAGCUCUGCCUCCUCCAAGAUCAACCUGACCCUCAGCUGCCCGAACAUUGGCCAGUGGAGGAAGACUCUCUUGGGGAACCAGCCCCUGCAGGGUCCCUUAACUCUCCACAUUAAUCCCCCAGAGGUGCUGCCUGCCAUGGAGGCUCUGGGGGAAUUCACGUCUCUCAUCUCCGGCACCGUUUGCCCUCCUUCCCCCUUUGACCUCCUGCCACCUCCGACCACCGUGGGUUUCCUAAAGCUGUCCCGGCCCUGCUGCUACGUGUUCCCUGCCGGCCGUGGCGACUGUGCCUUCUUUGCCGUCAACGGGUUCACGGUGCUGGUGGACGGAGGCUCAGACUCUCAGGCCUGUUUCUGGAAGCUGGUCCGCCACCUCGACCGAGUUGAUGCCGUUUUAUUGACACACGUCGGGACGGAGAACCUCCCCGGUGUCGUCUCUUUCCUGGAGAGGAAGGUGGCCGAGGUGGAGCUGAGCACUGAUGUCAAAGAUGAUUUAUCCAAGAGGCUCAUCUCUCCAGAGCUUGGAGUUGUGUUCUUUAACGCCCCCAGCAGGUUGCAGAUGGAACAACAGCUUU